AUAAAAUAUGAUUAGCACUGAGAUUAAUGAUGACAGGUACUGUUCUUUAAUUAGGCCAUGGUGUCUUUAAAGGAGUAAAGAGAAGACUAAAUAAUUGGCUAAUGGGAGACAAAAGCCACAGUGCGAGCUCUUUGUCGUUUAUAUGUGUUCUUUUAGUUUCUUCUUCUUGUCUUUAAAUCCUAUCGGAUAACUUAUUAAUCUCUGCAAUUUUUAAAUGGUUUAUCUUGUUAUGUUACCAACAGAGAAUCUUUUCUUUUCUUUUCUUUACGCUAAUAGUUUGAUGAUAAUGAGUUAAUUUCAUAAGGUUGCACAAAGCCACUAUUGCUUUUGCUUUAACCCCAAGCGUGUCUUUGGGAGACUUGUGUCCGCUCCCUAAAACAUGUGAGUGAGCUUAUAAGUUAUAAAGUUAUCAAUUAAAAACAAUUAUACGACGUAUAGUUAAUAACUUUAGUAAAUAAACUGAUACAUAAACAAAUGGAAAUGUUGAUCGUUACUUUUUUGUCGGUAAUUAACGUGGUUGGACACUUCAAAUCUAGCAUCGAUGAAAACUUAAAAUAUAGCGUUCAGGCUUUAAUUUAUCCGUGAUGUGGUCGACAGACCUAGACAAGAUCAUUACAAACACCAUCCCUUGACUUUGCUACUUGUAUUCAAACGCUGACCUGGCAAUAUCAUAUGAUUCUCACACUACAUGCACCCCUUUUGCCACGUGGGUCUUCCCCUCUAUUUAAACAAGCACACGACCACAUACAUCAUACACACACCAUAACGGAGAAUCACGGGAGAGCCAUGAUAAACUCCAGCGAGAAGCCGCCGGAGUUUGAGUUCGGAUCUUUGACUCCAUCAUCUCCAUCACAAGACUCGGAAAAUUCUCCCGCCGACCACCUCUUCUUCAACGGCCGUCUCUUGCCACACGUUUUUCCAGCACCGAACAAUAACACCAGGUGGUCAAUCUCACGUACAACCAGCGAACACAUCUCCCGGAGCACUAGCACGAACAGCCGGAGUAGUUUCGGUAGUAGUAGUAAUAGCAGUUCAACUUCUAAUUACUCUCCCAGAACGAGCAGUUUCAACGGUAACAACAUCAGUACCAUAAACCACAGGCCUUUGGAUUUGAAGCCUACGACUAGUAUAUACGGCGAAACCGUAAAUACGACGAAUAUGGUGAAAGCGUCUCUAUACAGGUCGUAUUCAUCACAGCGGUGGCAGUAUAUAACUCCUGCACCGGUGAAAAGAAGUGGAGGGAUAAGAGUCGGUGGCCGGAAGAAGAAGAAGGCGGCGAGGAUUAGGAAGAAGGCGGAAGAGAGAAGAGGGAGUAGGGUGAUGAAGUGGUGGAGAAGGAUUUUAAUGGCGGCGAUUUUUGCUUGUAGAGAGUGCCAUGCAUUGGAGGGAUAGCAUGAAAAAGACUUGUGAAAUUAUAACGUGUUCAUGGGAAGCAAAGUAUAUUGAAUGUUCAGAAUUAAAGUCUAUAUAUUGGGAUUGUGGUUUUUCAAGAUUGUGUGUCUAAUAUUUUGGUUUGAUUUAACAC